AUACGGCUGUUGUUCUGAAUCUUCAUGAAAAUGUUUUAUGAAAAUCAUGUAACAAGAACAAUAGGCAAUUAACAGCUCAAAAACAUGGAACUGCUCAACAAUUAGUGAAGAAACACACCUGAAAUGUAUACUUCGUAUUUUUAUUUUUUUAUUUUUUAAAAGUGCUUCUGAGUGAUAAUAAUCUGGCUACCACCACAAUGGAGGCCAAGGAAAGGCGGGCCCUGGACAAGUGUUUUGAGGGCUUCCUAAGGGACCUUGACCCCACUCCCUCAUUUCUUCACUCCCUGUAUGCUGAAGGGAUCCUUACAGAGGAGCAGAUGGACAGAAUAAGUAAAACAACAUCAAGGGAGACCCAAGUAGCUUUAUUACUUAGAAUCUUACCCCAUCGAGGUCCAAAGGCGUUUACGAUCUUCAAGGAAAAGCUAGAAAAAGACUAUGGCUGGCUUGCCCAGAAGCUUGAUGAAGAAGUUCGCAAACUUCAGAGUGGCCAAGCAAGCAUCAAUAAGAGACUGAUCACCAUCAUUGAGAGCCAGCUAAUCCCUUUAAUAUACACCGAUGGGUCAAGUCAGCCAAUGGUUGACGAGAAGGCACACCCUGGACUUAUUAUACAGAAACUUAGUGACUACUUGACAAAUCUCGAACUGAAAUGCCAUAAGGCACUGGAUGUUUCAAUUCUGGGGAAUUAUAAAGCUCCUCUUCAUCAGCUUAUCGAGGAAAAGUUGAGGAGAUUUAAAGAUGAAAAGAAGAAAGUACCAGUUGAAGUGGAAGUGGAUGAUGUACAGAAAGAGAUUAAAGACUUGAAGAGACAGCUACGAGACAUGAUGAAACUUAAAGCAGAAAAUGACAAAUUGAAGAAUAUAGUGGAUAAGCAGAAGGAAAAACUGAAGGAUUAUAAUAAGAUGACACGAGACACUAAAAGAUAUAAGCAGGAUAUGGAGAAAUUUAAGAAGGACAAUGAUAUUUUGAGAUAUGAGGUUGAAACAUUAAGAGAGCAGCUGAGGGGAAAUAUUGUAAAUCCAUUUGCUUGAUUUCAAAAUAGGAAACAACAUAA